UGAAAAGUGCCAAGCAGAUAAGGAACAUUUGCCAUAGGGAACACCAUGUUAUUUACCUUGUUGACAGUGUUAACGCUGAUAUCAUGGCCCUGUGCCCGGGGGUUCCUCCCCAACCAGUUCACCCUCCUGUCCUCAGGCUCCGACUACACCCAUCAGGACAUCACGGAGAUCGGCAUCCUGUACGCUGUCGCCGAGUUCUUCGAAAACAACCCCUUGCCUGGCAAGUCCAUAUCUCCUGGGGCGCUUACCGGGAUUAAGGACAUCACAGCCAGGAAGCUCUUCGACAAGUAUUACGGAGGAACUGUAUCUGAGAAGCGGUUCCAGGAGGCCAUCGAUGACAUCGUGAAGGCCAACAACAGAGUGGACCAGGACCACUACUCCGAGUCUGCCUGGCACGUCAACGGGGAGGCCAUCAAAGAAGGUAACGACAAGAUCACGUUGCUACGGGAAACAGCCAUCAAUGUUUUAAACAAGACCAAGACCAAUCCCAACCUCGAUGCUGCUCGAGAGUUGAUUGGUCAGUUUCUACACAUUGUCCAGAUGUUCUACAGCAACACCAACUGGCCGGAACUCAGUGGAAAGGCGGCCUAUGAGUCUCUAGGGAUGCGGGGAAAACCACUCAUGGCCCAGGCACCAUCCGCCAUGGACACGUGUCGCAGCUGUGGCUCUUCUACUGGGAUACCCUGCACAGCCAACAUCAUAGUCCAAGGUCCCCUUCUGACCAGUGGAUACCGGAGUGGACAGGACAGACACAAGCCGGCAAAGGACCCAGCGACGUUCAAGACGGGGAAAUGUAGUCACGGCGGCCCGUAUGACCAGUCUGGUAAAACCAUUGCUGCUAUCGGCGGUAUCAACAAGGACACUAGCGACGCCAAAAUGUCCCCCCACGCCCCGCUUCACGACACCGCCGCUCAGGGGGCGAUCAUGCACACUAGGUUCCUCUUUGGACACCCUGCGUAUGGUCUACAUUCCCUGAUUGGAGAUGAGAACUUUCAGGAACUGUUGCAACUGACGGCUGGAAACUCCAUGGUCUUCGUCAUCGACACCACCGGCUCCAUGGGCGACGACCUUGCCGCCGUCAUAAAAAAGACACAGGAAAUUAUCAAGGAAACACUUGGCACAAUAAACCAACCCUAUAAUUACAUCGUCGUUACCUUUAACGAUCCAGGUAACAAGACGGAUAUAUUUAAAUCCAAGAAUGGAACGGCUGUGAUGAAUUAUCUCUCUAGUCUCUCAGUCCAUGGAGGAGGUGACUGUCCAGAGUUCUCCCUCACAGGUCUACAGGCAGCCGCUACUGUUGCCAACCCUAACUCAAAGGUGUACGUCUUUACCGACGCCUCGCCCAAAGACGCGGCCAAGAUCAACUACGUCACGAGCAUGGUAACAGAAAAGAAGAUCGCAGUGAGCUUCAUUCUCACCGGAGACUGCUCGCGGAGGAAGAGAAACAGUGGUCGUGGCACUGUCCAGUUUAACCCCAAGACACCUGGAUUUGACAUACAGCACAUAACCUCGUCAUAUUCAGCAAGACCAAAUAAGAUUCCUCAGAGGCAGUUGCCUCUCUUGAGCGAAUUCUCCCUCGGAGGCCUCUCAAUAAACAUGUUCCACGUGGACAACACGGUCAAGACGCUACUGAUAGGAAGCAACAACAAUGGGGGCGUGAGAGUGUUUAACCCGUACGGUGAACUGGUUCCUGUCACCCAACACGAAGAAGGCGAACUCAUAGUUGAGGCCCCCAAGCCUGGCAAGUGGGCUGUAAAGAACGACGGCAGUGACGUCGCUGAGGUCAGCAUCUACGGCAACUCGGUGUUAGACAUUAAAGACAACAUGGUCAAAACAAAUGACAACGGACACAGUAUGUUCAUCGAGGGGAAACCGGUAGUAGGUGAAUCUGUGACCCACGCUGUGGCAGUGACGGCAGCUAACGCUGUAUCCUCCAUAGACUCUCUGAUCCUCUAUAACACUGUGGGUGAGGAGAUCGACCGCUGCAGCCUCACACACAGAAAGAAGAGAGGCCACAACUUUGUUGCCAGUAUCGCUGUUCCCGAUCAGCCUUAUCGCAUGGCUAUUGAAGGGCGGGAUAACGACGGGCACCUGUUUCAACGACAGAAGCCUGAUCUAAUUAAGCCUAGCACCCUGUCCCUCAGCGUGGAACGAGUUGUUGGAGAUCUUCAAGUCGGAAGUGAAACACACAUACAUGUGAAGGUCAUCAACAAGGGACGCAACUCUGAAAGAGUGAAACUGGAUGUAGCAGACAGUCUGAAGCUAGCAGUUACUUCAGGCAUCACACUGAAUCUUCAGCCGGGGGAAAACACGAGACGUAAAGUUGUAAUUGCCGCAGGAAGGACUCCCGAUGUGUCAACAACUGUGACGAUAAUGGCGACUGCUAUAGACGCCCCCGAGGACUUCCAGUAUGUCACAAGAACAUUUACCGUGCACUCGUCCACACUAUAGGUUGUCAGUGACUGGUUGUAAUCUGUGCUACAUGUGUAUCUAUACAAACAGGAUUCAAUAAAAGGAUUCGUUUUCA